AGACGAAACCAAGCGAUUGUAAUAGCUGAGGUGUAUUCGGAGGAAGAGGGUCACCUGAUCGUCAUGACGAGCGCGUUUAAUUUUAAGGUGGUUCUGUUGGGAGAAGGCUGUGUGGGCAAAACAUCAAUGAUACUCCGUUAUGUUCAGGAUCGAUUUAACGAUCAGCAUUUUUCGACUGUUCAGGCUUCGUAUUUGACAAAAACGGUGGCCAUUGGGAUGAAAGUGGUUACAUUAAACAUCUGGGACACGGCCGGACAGGAAAUUUUCCAUGCUCUGGGACCAAUAUAUUAUAGAGAUUCAAAUGGAGCGCUUUUAGUUUAUGAUCUAACGGACGAGGACUCGUUUCGAAAGGUGAAGAAUUGGGUAAUGGAGCUCAACAGGAUGCUAGGGGAUGAGGUUGUCCUGGUACUCGUAGGCAAUAAAAGUGACUUAGAAGGGUCAAGAGCUGUACCGUUAGCAGAAGCUGAGCGAUAUGCUAAAUCAGUGGGGGCCGCUCAUUUUCAAACUUCAGCUAAGCUUAACAGAGGCAUCAAUGAGAUGUUCCUCUACUUAUGUAGCAAGAUGCUCGAGAAAAACGCUAAACUGCAGGAUCGUCGCACUUCUCAAGCUAAUGCCAGAAAUCGUCGGCUACAGGUUGAAUCAGAAGAGGAAGUUCCACCUUCGUCAAAUAAAUGUUGCUAAACAAUGAAACCAUAGCGGCGUGUGGCUAGCCAACCAAGUUUCGUAUGCAAUUUCGAGGCAACGUUCUUGCUGGAUGUUAGAUAAUCGUUGAUGUUGCUAUUAUUGUUUGCGUAGUUCCGUUAUUAAUACUAUCAACUAAACUUAAUAAACUAAGCUUAGUGGUAAAUUUCGCUGGUGUCACAUAGUCAAAUACAAGGUGUUGCCAGCGGGUAGCAGUGAGUGCUAGCUAUGAAAUCGAUUACGGACCAAGAAAAACAAAUGACUGUGGAUGCUCAGAAUCAGUAGUUUUCGAGAUGAAAGAAACAAUGUGUAUGUGUGUAUAUGAAAUCGCUAAUGCGAUUUUUGUCGAGAGAGAUGAUAGGCUACUACCAUCUUAAAUUACGAUUUUUUGAAAAAAAUUUUAUUGUACUUUUGUUUUAUUGCAAGCGGACCAAUUCUCUUUGGAGUCGGCUCGCCCCAUAUAAUAGUUUGGAGUGUUACCCAAGUGCUCUCUACUAAGUGAGUUCGGCCGCUGUCGUUAUUUUACAUAACGCUUUAAUAUCCUGCCAGAAAACAUGAUGGACGGAUAUCUAUUAUAGCCGUAUUAUUUGGCUUUUUAUAAAUAGUGUACUGCGUACCGAUUACCGCGGUCUAUGGACAUAUUCUGUUGGUAUAUCGCCAAUAUCACCAGACGCAUCGCUUACUGAUGAAGGCAAGCUAGAGCAGAUGAACAAGAAACCUGAUCUGGUUUUUUCUUCUAUAUUUUAUUUAUACAUGCGUAGCACGCAUGCUCGAGAAUAGUUGAUAUGUCGUACGAACGUAGCAACAGCCAAAGUUCGCGCAAAGCUAGCACUUCCAAUGAAUAGGAAGAGACACAAAACGUAAUUUUACACUAAAAAAGUAAUAAAUUACCGAAAACUAAUGAACUGUACUCAUGUAAUUGUCGCUAUAAUAAGUAAUAUAAUUAAGCAAUGUGUACCAGGCAUGAAGUAACCCAGGUUAAAAUAUUUUCAGCGCACAUUCACCGUAUUAUUCCUCCAAUAGAGAUUUGUAUUUCUUCAGUCCUAAAAAAAUUGUCACCUAUUUUGGCACCUGUGUAAAUGCUGUCUGCCUCAACCAAUUUUGUCUUUUUCCUGUAUGAGCUUAUAUCUCUGCGUCACACGUGUUUUUUGCACCCGAGUUAGCCAUAGAUCCCGCAUGAUGUCUCGCAGGCAAAAGUGUCGAAAUUUUCAAACGAAUUUCUACGAAGAGAGUUUGAACAAAGCGUGUUAAUGUUAUUGCAAGUAAGGUGUUUUAUUGUGCCAAGGGUAGUCGCUUUAAAUUACUGGCUUGUAGGUUAAAAUAGCAGUGGUAUACAUAAGCGAACAAAAAGAACAAGUGCUAUAAAGAACAUCAGGCAGGAGCAUAGUAUAUCGGAACUAUAUACAUAAAAGAAAAAGAAGAAAUAUAUAUACUUUUUUGUUGUCAACAAAAAUGAAAAAAGGAAUAAAGAUAAACGAAUUCACUGCGAGGCUACGUGUGAUUACAUUGUGUGACCGCGCUAGAGUUGCAAAUUGUAAACUAGAUGAAAUCACAGCUUACAACUUAAAGCUUGUCAAAUUUUGUAGGCUUUCCCGCUUUCAAUUAUAUUUUAUACAUGCAUGUGAUAAAGAAAUACUUCAUUUCUAAACAUGUAGGCAAGAGGAAUAAAUUCAGUCAUCAUCGGUUGUGCCUUAUGAUAAUCAAACUUCAAACCGAAGUAUCGUAUGAUGAAAAGUUCGGCUAGUUUAAGUUAGGAGACUAAUGCAAUAGCAAGCUGCCGUACAGUUAAAUAAAAAAAAAAAUUGUUGUAUUGCUUAUUUUACGUUGCCAUUCACUGUGAUGUAUGCGCGUGUAUCUACACAAAUAUCAAUGCUGAGCAAACUGCUGAUGUAGAAGUGCGAUAUUCUUAUAACAUAAUAGAUCUGCUGCGCUUUAUAUUGAAUAUGCGGAAUCACAAUGAAUAAUUUUAGGACACAAUUAUAGUAAAAAAGACGCACCGAAGAAGCAUCUAUGAGCAACAGACGGAAUGAGAAUGAAAGGUGCACAAGAGCCGCCAAAGCGCUGCCUAAGUUCCAUUCGGCUGGUGCCUAUGCUAGGCCUAACGCUAUGUAAACUGAAUUUAAUUUACCAUUAGAUUAAAAAAGAGCAGAUUUUUUUCUCUAAAGUUAUUGCUAAACGGUAAAGUAUAAAAUAGCAGUAUAAUAGGAAUUCAGUGCUGAGGAUUGUUAUUUUUUUUCUUCUAUUACUUAAUAAAAGGGAAUAUGUUUCUGUCGCAUCAUGGCUUCCUUGUUAAUCGACGCCAAAUACACGGAAAGGAAUAGUGAGAUUUAUGGUUGACGCGUAGACAAUAUGUAGUCGCUUGUCUUCAGCAAUGUAUGUGUUAGAUUUGAAAGUACAUGAGAAGGUAAUGACCGCUUUAGUUUAUUGUUUCCCUUUUCCUAUUUAUCUUAUGCUAAAAAAACAGGUUUUAUUUACUAUCGGAAAAGUGCAAAACUGUCUUGGUUCACAUUACGCAACCUGAUCUGAAAUGUGUGCAUGGGGCGGAAAAGAGCAAAUUUUAUGAUUUUAAUUCUGUUCCGGUGUCAAAAAGGCAACACAAUAAAUAUAUUCUGUGUAUUGUAAAGGCUUAGAGCUAAGAGGUAUAAACCGAUCCAUUUAUUCUUCUUUAAAAAGAUGGCUCAAAGCGAUCAUGACUGAACUCGAACAUUGGAGUGAGGUGUAUUCUUUGAGC